AUGACCACGUUUGCUUCCUACUAUGUUGGACUUGGCUUUGGUGUGUUGAUUCUUAGCACCAUUCAGGUCUGGACCUUUAUUACCAGUGCUGCAAGACAAACAGGAAGGAUACGCGAUAAAUUCUUUUUUGCUGUUCUUCACCAAGAGAUGGCCUGGUUUGAUACCAUCCAGAUUGGAACAUUGAAUACCAGACUUACUGAGGAUAUUAAUACGAUUCAAGAAGGCAUUGGAGACAAGAUCAGUUUAAUAGUCCAGUUUUCUUCCACUUUUGUGGCAGGGAUUAUCAUAGGAUUUGUGCACGGAUGGAAGCUUACUCUUGUGAUUUUGGCAGUUAGCCCUCUUCUUGUUUUGUCUGGGGCUGUGUGGUCAUACCUUCUAUCCCAUUUAACUAUUAAAGAGUUGACAGCUUAUGCUAAAGCAGGUGCUGUUGCAGAAGAAAUCUUGUCUGCCAUCAGAACUGUUACGGCUUUUAAUGGACAGAAGAAAGCUACUGCAAGGUAUGAUGCAAACUUGGAGGAAGCUAGGAUUGUUGGAAUGAAAAAAGCCAUCGCCACCAAUGCUUCUUUGGGCAUCACCCAGUUCCUUAUCUAUGCGUGCUAUGCACUUGCCUUUUGGUACGGAACUAAACUCGUAGAGGAUGAGCCAAAUACAUAUAACAUUGGGACAGUGCUAAUUGUAUUCUUUUCUGUGCUGAUUGGCGUAUUUUCCAUUGGACAAGCUUCUCCAAAUCUAGAGAGCCUGGCAAAUGCUCGUGGAGCGGCCUAUGAGGUCUAUAAAAUUAUCAAUAAGCCCCGUGCCAUAGAUAGCAGCUCUAAAGAAGGAUUCAAACCAGACAAGCUACAAGGAAAGAUUGAAUUCAAGAAUGUCCAUUUUAGCUACCCUUCCAGACCAGACACUCAAAUUCUCAAAGGUCUGAAUCUAAAAAUCCAGCCAGGGAAAACUAUUGCUUUUGUUGGCUCCAGUGGCUGUGGGAAAAGCACUACAAUUCAGCUAUUGCAGAGAUUCUAUGACCCAAAUGAAGGAAAGAUUACUAUAGAUAGACAUGAUAUCCGGACACUUAAUAUCAAGUGGAUGAGAGAGAACAUUGGCAUUGUAAGUCAGGAGCCCACUUUGUUUGCCACCACAAUAGCUGGCAAUAUUCGCUAUGGCAGAGAGGAUGUAACAGAUGCUGAAAUUGCGGAAGCCGCCAAAGAAGCUAAUGCUUAUGACUUCAUAUCAAAACUUCCUGAUAAAUUCAACACCAUGGUUGGUGAAAGGGGAGCCCAACUAAGCGGAGGGCAAAAACAACGCAUUGCUAUUGCCCGUGCUCUAGUCAGGAACCCCAAGAUAUUAUUGCUGGAUGAAGCUACCUCUGCUUUGGAUACUCAGAGUGAAUCCAUAGUUCAAACUGCACUUGAUAAGGCCGUCAUGGGGGUUUCAACUCUCAUUAUUGCCAACCGCGGCCAUGUCCGUAUGGGGCGGUCUGGCUCGGCGGCCCCCGGCUUCACGCUGAGCACCCAAAGCACUCGCGAUGCCCGACACCCAGCCACGACCACUGUCCUUCCAUACCCGGAAGUAGAGAAAGAUCCGACGCCCAAUAAGGAAGAAAAGCUGCCUGAGGUGCCUUAUUCCAGAAUUCUGGCUCUGAACAAGCCUGAGUUUUGUGUUAUUGCAGUUGGUGUCAUCGCUGCUGCCAUUGGAGGUUGUGUUACUCCUGCAUUUGCAAUUCUGUUUGGAAAAAUCAUUGGGGUAUAUGCCAAAAAGGAAAGCCAAACCAGAGUGCUGCUUUCUCUGAUGUUUCUUUUACUGGGAGUGAUCAGUUUAGUAACAUACAUCCUCCAGGGAUUCAUGUUUGGGAGAUCAGGGGAAGCUCUGACUAUGCGGUUGCGAUCACUUUCAUUCAAAGCAUUGCUCCAACAGGAAAUUGGAUGGUUUGAUGACCAUAAGAAUGGUAUUGGGGUUCUGUUAACCAGACUUGCUACAGACGCUUCUCAAGUUAAAGGAGCAACAGGAAGUCGACUGGGCUUAUCGACUAUGACCAUCUUUACCCUCCUUGCCGCUAUUAUUAUUGCUUUUGUACAUGGCUGGCAAUUAACAUUGCUCAUCCUGGCAUGUGUUCCUUUUGUUGUGAUAGCAAAUGCUAUUAGAGUUCGAUCAAUGGCCGGACAUGCAUUAAAUGAUCAAAAAGCCCUUGAAGAGGCCGGAAGAAUUUCAACAGAAGCUGUAGAAAACAUACGAACAGUGGUUGCAUUAACAAGAGAAGAUCGAUUUUUCGAGCAAUAUAAAACAAGCUUAGAAAGUCCAUACAGGGACUCAUUGAAAAAAGCUCCACUUAAUGGUUUUACAUAUGGAAUAUCCCAGUGUGCCAACUUUUUUAUAAAUGCUGCUAUCUUCAGAUUUGGAGCAUGGCUUAUUGCACAUUGUCUCAUAAACGCUGAACAAUUCUUUAUAGUCUUUGCUUCUGUGUUUUUUGCUGCUAUGCAUGUUGGGCGGUCUAAUUCUCUGGCACCAGAUUUUGGUAAAUCAAAAGUUUCUGCUCAAAGAAUUUUUCAGCUUUUGGAUCGGAAACCUCUAAUUGAUAGCUACAGUGAAGAAGGUGAAAAACUGGAGAAGUUUGAAGGCAACAUUGAAUUUAGGGACAUCCAUUUUGUAUAUCCGACCAGAAGAGAAGUUCAAGUUUUGCAAGGGCUCAAUAUAAAGGUUAAUAAAGGGCAGACUCUGGCACUGGUGGGGAGCAGUGGCUGUGGAAAAAGCACCUCCAUUCAACUUCUGGAGAGAUUUUAUGACCCAGUAUCAGGACAUGUGUUUAUAGAUGGAGUGGACACAAAAUCUCUGCAAAUACAGUGGUUAAGAUCCCAGCUAGGCCUUGUGCAACAGGAGCCUAUUCUGUUUGACUGCAGCAUUGCGGAAAACAUCCAAUAUGGAGACAACAGCAGAGUCGUCAACCAGGAGGAAAUUGAAAAAGCAGCCAAAGCUGCUAAUAUACAUGACUUUAUACAGAAUCUCCCAGAGAAAUAUAAUACACGAGUAGGUGAUAAAGGAGCACAGCUUUCUGGAGGCCAGAAGCAAAGAAUAGCCAUCGCUCGUGCUCUUGUCCGUAAACCAGCAGUUCUACUCCUGGAUGAAGCCACAUCUGCCCUUGACACUGAAAGUGAAAAGAUUGUCCAGAAGGCUUUGGAUGAUGCCCGAAAGGGCCGAACAUGUAUCGUUAUUGCUCACCGGUUGUCCACUAUCCAGAAUGCUGACAUCAUAGCAGUCAUCCAAAAUGGCAAAGUGAUAGAACAAGGAACUCACUCUCAACUACUAUCAAUGGGAGGAUUCUAUCAUACACUGGUCAAUGCACAAGUGCCCCAUUAGCCUGGAUUCUAAAGUUUGUCCUAUUCUAGCCAUAGAAUCUCUGGAUAAGAAACAGCCCAGGAUUCAAAGAAGUAAUAUGCCUGUUUCUGUGCACCCAAGGUAGCUCUGAGCUUGUGUUUUGCCUUAUGACAUGAGGAACCUUUGGAACCAUGGAUGGGAGCAGAAUUCUGCCAUACAGAGAACAAAUGUCAAUAAUUCCACCAGGCAUGCUUCUCCAAGUUAGCCUAUGGGUGCACUUAAAGUUCUUCAAAUUGUU